GUAGUUGAAAGAGAGCACUCGACCAAGAGAAUGCCGUGUAUUCAUUACUUCUUGCCUAAGCAGAAAUAAAUAUUGUAUUGAAUCUCAUUUCAUUGUUAUCUUUUACAAAAGUUUAUUGGUAAAAUUGGUGUAUUUUCGGUGCGCAAGCUUUAUUGUUUUAACAAAAUGUGCCAAGUUGAUUUUAGUUAUAGUGUAAAUUUGAAUUUGUAUUUUAUCAGUUGGUAUAUCUCAGUGUGUAUACAACUUGUCGCUGAUUCAGCCGGAGACUAUUCAGAAUGUCACCGAGAAUCUACAUACAUAUUUAGGCCACUCAAACAGUUUUUUUUUAAAACCAUAAUACCGCCGAUUACUGGGGACAGUCUAAAGAGCAUGUCCCAGGUUCCAUUAAUAACUGAAGACCGAACUACUAAUGGGGAAAAUGAUCCUCACAAUAAAGUCAUAUUGGAAGUUGGCUUACCUGGAGACACCUGGAAGUACUGCGUAGAUCGGCAAACUUUAGCAGAUAAGUCAGAAUGGUUUCGCGCUCUACUUAUGGGAGAAAUGGCUCCUCCUCCAAGCAACCCACCACCAAUUAUUUGUUUACAGCACGUAGAAAAACGUGCUUUUGAUCAUCUCUUCAAAUAUUUUCGCGAGGAACCAAUAAACUUUCAUUCUGUUUUAACUGCACGAGCAACUUUGGAUGCUGCUCAUUACUACCUAUGUCCAGAACUCGCAGUAAUAGCCGUUGAAUACAUAAUCAAAAAUUUAAACUCAUCAACAGUUCUCAAUGUUUAUCACGGACUCAGUCUUUACGCUUUAACUGAUGUCGAUGUAAACGAACAAAUUCCAUCUGCGCCACCCGAAAAUGAUACUGCUGAAAUUGCUGUAGCAUGCACUAGACUCCUCAUGGCCUGCCUGGCAGUAAUUGAUUCCGCACCGGAUCAAGUGCUACGUCAAGAAGGCUUUGAAGAAUUGACUGUUGAGGAAAUCGCGAGUCUCGCUUCUAGAGAUGACCUCAGACUUGCCAAAGAAAGCGUUCUGUUCGGAGCACUUGAGAAGUGGGCAGCUUCUGAAUGUAGAAGACGUGGCAUCGAGCCAACGUCUCACAAUAAACGUUCGGCGCUUUCUGAUGAAAUUUGGUACAGUGUAAGAUAUCUUCUUAUGAAUGAUCAAGAAUUUAUUCAAGGUCCGAUGGCCAGUGGAAUUUUGUCAAGCGAAGAAUCGGCUGCCAUCGUGGCCAAAAUUCUUGGGCACAGUAACCAGCAGGAUAAUGAUCAAUUAGCGCGAUGUAUUGCACCGUACAGGCUAUCGACGACACCUCGUCGACGGAAAACACCCACCAAAGCUAAGUCUGGCAUAAAGCCUGGUAAAAAAGAACGUGAAGAUAAUAAAAAAAAUAGAAGAAAAGAAUGUACUAGUCAAGGUCAGCGAGCUUGCGCUCGCGUGGGCGACUUGGUUGUUCGAGUUCUCGCUUGUGUUUUCGACUGAUGUGAGACCCACAGAGACUAUUAGGUUUAUUUAAAUUAUAUUUUUAUUUCAGCUCUUAGUAUUUUUAUUACUUAAAACUUAACGUGAUAUCAGACUGACAAUUUUUAUUUUAUUUUUAUUUUUUGUUACUGAAAAGAUACAAAAGAUCCUGUUGAUCUCAAAUAAUUAUUUAAAUAGUAAUAGAGAAAAAUCGUGUUGAUUUAUUUGAAUAAUUAAAAUUUUAUAUGGCUAAAUACGUAAUUGAAUAUAUUAAUUAGUUUUGUAUAGAAUCUGUGACAUCUCUCAGUAAUUUGUUGUAUGCGAUACGCUGUGAAAAAUUUGCGGAGUAAAUCUGGAGUUAAUGCGGAGCAGAUGAAACUCCGAAAAGGAGUUUACUUUGAUAUUAAAAUGCAGUUUUUUUUAAUUACGGAAUUCCAAGUGACGGAGUGAAGUCGGAUUGAAAUAAAAUCCAGAUCACUCCGAAAUCACUGCGCUAAAAAAACAAACUCUAUAUUUACUCCUAUGCAAAGUCAUUUUUUUGAACUCCGAGUGGCAAAGUGAAUUUAGAUCAAAAUAAAAUCCAGAUCACUAUAAGAUCUCUGAGCUAAAAA